CUGGAUGUUAAUAUUCUAUUUUGUGACAAUACGACUCCACUAAUGCCAUCGUUUAUUCGAACCAUACAUAUUUAAAAUUAAUACAGCAAUACUUAGUUAAUGUAAAGAUAUACCAGUUUACAAACACACACGUUACGAGGGUGUGCAGACAAUUCCUCUUCUAUACCCCCUUACAUAAACUUAACGCUAACUUAAACAAGGAAAAACUAUCUCAGAGCGCAUUUAAGAAGAACAAAUUAGAAGCUCUUGAAAUAUGGUGUUACAGAAAGAUGUUCGUGAUUAUAAGGAGCGACAGAGUAACAAAUAAAGAGGUUUUGGAAAGAGUUAAAGAAAAAAGACGAAUUUGAAAAAUUAAUAUAAUAAUAAUAGUAUAAUAUUUCUCUGUACUAGCCAUACGGUGGCCAAACUCGAAGAGUAGGUAAAUAGGUUUAGAUUAAACCGGUGUGAGCGAAAUUCGCUAGAGAAAACCCUCUAUACCGUGUAAAAAAUCUGACAAACUGGUUUACUUUUUUUUCGACAGGCGCGCCGCGGCGUGGUGGCGUAAAAGGCCCGUACGGUUAUCUAUUCUGUGAUAACGUGACGAAUUUAUCUAAUCUAUGAUAAUACGCCGUUUUACUGAUAACAGACUUUUUGUGUAUUAUGACGAUGAUAAACUGAAUACUGAUAGCAUUUGAAUUUCGACUUUCUAAUUUUAUUGUUUUUAAUUGUUGUCGUCGCUGAUUUUUUUUUUUUUGUACCGUCACGAACACAUUAAAAAGAAUACUAAUGCCACCGCACAGCUGUGGUGUUGCGGUGUUCUGUCGGGCGUCCGGCAAUAAUGAGAGCCCGAUUGGGAGCGGACUGUGAACCGAUUGUGCUGCUGUUUGUUCGACGGCUGAACGAGACUUGAACCGCAGCCGGCGACAACGAAAUCACCAUGGACGACACCGACCAAGUGAUUUUCUAUCCGAAUCAAGGGGUAGACCCGCACAACCGUUGCUGCGCCGGUUCCAUGUGGUGCGUUCAGGUAAAAAAUGAGAUCAGAUUAGGUACUGCGUUGUAUAAAGAACGCCUUGCCAAAAGAACCGUGGAUAGACUAUAAAAAAAAAACCAAUAAUUGCACAGGUAUUAAAUAAAUUAUUUGUAAAGCUACUCUUAGACUAUCUAUUAUGAGUAUUUAGGUAUGGCAGGAAAAAUGGACAUGUUUUAAAUGGAGAAACCGUGAAAUGGACAAAUCAAAUGUAGAUUGAACUGUUUAAAGUUUGGGAAGAAAUAGGCUAAAGAAAAUCUAUAAAUGUGAGAAGAAACGAGGGUAUAUAUGAUUUGGUAUCUAGUAGAGGGUGAGAAGAAUAAUAUCCAAUUCCACUUACAUGGGGCAAAGUCAUAAAGAAAGAAGAAGAGAAAUAUGUUUUAACGAGACACCUUUAAUCUGUUACAGCCGUUUGUCGGCCGAGAAAAAUUAUCACAGCAGUAGCUCUUUAUUAUAAAUUUAUGGGUUUUUAGUAAUCAUAUUGUUAUUUUUACAGGACAUAUGCGGCAUUAUAUGUGCAAUAUUUACCUGGCUAUUGAUAUUGUACGCAGAGUUUGUAGUGACGUUUGUUACCCUCAUGCCAUGCCCAUAUCCAAUUUUUCAAUAUGUCAAUAUGGUGAUAUUUCAAAUAUUUGCAUUCCUUGCAAUGGCUUCUCAUCUGCGUACCAUGUUUACAGAUCCGGUAUGUUUGUCUUUUACUUGACAUCUAAAAAAAAAUGAUAUAUGAUUUUGAUAGUAGAAAUACACUUAUAUUGAACAAUAGAAAAGCAAAUUAUGGAUUAGUAAUAUGAUAAAUGUGUGUUCUUGUUUUUUUAUACAACUAAUCUAAUGUGGGUAUUACAUGCACUUUACAUCUAUUUAAUUAAUAGUUUAAUUUCAAUGUGAUUAUAGUAACCAUAAUUUAAAAAAUAAUUGAUUUGAGGUCAUCAAAUUAAACUUUAGAAAAAUACUUUUUUUUGAGGGGGGGGGGGGCUUUUUAUAGUGUUUAUUUGUACAAAACAAAUAUUAAAUAUCUUAUACAUAUAGUAUAAUUUUUAUAAAUUUGUAUAAUAAAUAUUAUUAUAUUAAUUAUAAGUAUUGAUUGUAUUAAAAAUUAAAUAAAUUUGACUUAUUUAUGCCUAGUUUACUUCAGGUAUAAACCAUUGGGCUUUUAAUAUAUAUUUUCUUUAAUUGUAUAUCAUACUUGUGCAUUUUUAAAACUAUGAAUGUUCUAAUCUAAUGUAAAAAUUAAUGAAGUCACAGCUGAUAUUCAAAAUGUUGACAUUUUGACAGAUUCUCACAAACCAUGGCCCAUAAACACAUAUUUAAAAGAUAAGUACUAUUGUAUCAAAUUGUUUACUAAAUCAAAGAAUAUUAUACCCAUUACUCACUCGUUUUUUGUGUAAUAAAGUAUUUUCUUACACUUUUUUUAAUACAAUCUAAACUAUUAUAAUAAUAUAUUAUUUAAUAUUAAAAACAAAUGAAUGGUAUAAUUCAUAUUGUAUUAUCUUGAACGAUGGAUACAUUAGACAUUUUAUUUAAGAAAAACAAGUGAAAGUAUGCCUUUAACGCAAUUAAAUUUUCAUUUCAGAAAUACUUUAAAAACAAUACCAUACAAUGGCUGUUUAUGCAAAGAACAUGAUGCAAGUUUUUUUUUUAUUUUGAAUAAUAAUAUCAUUAAAUAUCUGUGGUGAGCCAAUGUAAUAUUUUUUCAAUAAUUAACAUUCCGAUAUUUGAUAAUUAUGUAAAAAAUUGAUACUUGAUUCAAUAUUUGAAAUCGAAACUACGCAUUGAUAUUGAAAUUAAUCAUUGAAUAGGUUGAAAACUCGUUUUUUUUUUAUAUUUCAAAAAUAUUUUUCUUGGAAAUAUUGGAUUAAAUUAAAUAUUGUGUUUGAGAAAACUCAAUAUCCAUUCAACAAUGUUCCAAUAUACUUAAUAUUGGACAAUAUACAAUAUGAGCUUAGACCAAUACUUUCCACUAUUAAGUAUGUCCUAAAAGAUAUUAAUAGAUUAAUAAAAGACUAAAGCAUUUGACUCUGUUAACAGUGAUUUAUUAAUUAAUAACUUAGAUUUUUCUGGCAUAAGAGGUAAUAAUCUAAAUUUAAUUAAAACAUUUAUUCCUGAUAGACAACAAAAGGUUAGACUUAAUGGUUUAUUCAGUGAUGAAAAUACAAAUUGUUUUUCACUACUUUAUGGUACAGUUCUGUUUUUUUUUUUUUUUUUUUAGAUUAAUGGAUUUUUAAAUUUAAAUCUACUUGCUGACAUUCUUUGCUAUUCUUAUACACAGUUAUUUUGGUUAAAAGUUUUUAUUAUAAUGAUUUAUUUAUGAUAACUAAAAAUUGUUUAAUCACAGUAAAAAUUGGUAUUUUACAUUUAAAUUAUUAACUAUAAUUAUUUAAUAAUUUGUACAAUUUUCCAAAAGGUUCAAACCCAUUUAUUAAAAUAAAAUAAAAUUUAGUUAAAUCCAACUAUGUAGUUUUUAAUAUUAUCAAAGGUUAUAUGAACCCUGGUUUAUUUAUUUGUGUAUAUUAUUUUAGUUUUAAAUAUUUAUGCUGUGUGUGUGUGUAUCCUUCUUCUUAUUUUAAGUUCUACAGGCCACCAUGGCCUGUAGAAUGGCCCUUGGUUUCCAAAACUAUUUUUCUCCACUCAUUGCGUUCUUUUGAAACAUUCCUCCAGUUCCGUAUCCUCAUCUGUUGUAGACCUUUCUUAACUUUGUCUAUGCAUAUGCUUCUUAGACGUCCUUGUCUCCUGGUUCCCUCCAUUCUUACAUACAUUACCUGUUUUGGUAUUUUUGCCUUAUCCAUUUUUUCUAUGUGUAUCUUUGGAAAGAGUUAAUUUGUUAAAUACCUUGGUGUAUAUUUUGACCAUAGACUAAAAUGUGUUAAACAUAAUAUUUAUUUUGAGAAUAAUCUUAAAAAAUAAUUUUCAAGUUCUGAUCGCUUAAAUAUAUGUUGGACAUUAGAACUUGUAGAGUUAUUUACAUAGCUUUAGCACAAUCAUGUUUUGCAUGUGGUAUCAAUAUGGAACUGUACUUACUCUAACCAUAUCAAUGUUUUAUCUAAAACUCAUUUUGUUAGUUAAAACUAUUCUACAUAAACUUAAAUUGUAUGCUGUUGUUAUAGUAUUUUUCUUUAUAUUUCACAUCUUUCUAUGAACUCAGCUCAUCCAUUUUCAUUCAUAUUAUGUUCAUUGGAUGAAUUUGUCGCUAAUGUAGUAUUUUGUUGUUUUUCUUGUAAAUUGUUUUGUCGUUACAACAAAUAUUAUUAUUGUUAUAUUUCUUAUUUAGUUAACAAUUUGUUUACACUUUCUCGAGUAUGAAAAUUAUUUUUAACCGUAUUGUUUCUAUUGUCAUAUAUAUAUAUAUAUAAAUAUAUAUGAAACAAUUCUUUGCUUUAAAAUGUGAUAUAAAAAGCUUAAAAUGCUGAUUCUGUUGGUAUAUAUAUUAAUGAAGAGUUUAUCAAAUGCAUUAUGCAAAAUAUUAUAUUACAUUGUUAAAUAAGUGUUUUAUUAUUGAUAAUAAUAAUAUGCUAAAUAAACAUUUUUUGAUUUUAUCAUUCAUUUAAAAAUUUUCAGGGUGCAGUGCCAAAAGGGAAUGCCACCAAAGAAAUGAUAAAAUAUUUAGGUUUACGUGAAGGUCAUGUUGUAUACAAAUGUCAAAAAUGUUGUUGUAUAAAACCUUCAAGAGCCCAUCACUGUUCAGUUUGUCAAAGGUAUAUGAAAAAUUACAAUUUCCAAUUACAAUAGUCAAAUUUUUGUAGUCUAAUAAACAAUGUAAAAAAUCCUUGUUUAUGAUUAUAAGAAUAUAAUAUAUUAUUUAUACUUCAGAUGUAUUAGAAAAAUGGACCAUCAUUGUCCUUGGGUCAAUAAUUGUGUCGGGGAAAAAAACCAGAAGUUUUUUGUAUUAUUUACGGUAUGUCUGUUAUUUGUAUAUUUUUUUGGAAAACAAUAAUAAUAUUGUUAUUUUAUAUUUUUUUAUUACUUAGCUUUACAUCGCUGCUAUGUCAUUACAUGCAUUAUACCUAUGUGUCAACCAAUUUGUUUGGUGCUUACAUUCUGAAUGGAAGCAGUGCUCUUGGUAUACGCCUCCAGCAACAGUAGUGUUUUUGAUAUUUUUAGGUUUCGAAGCAUUACUAUUUGCAAUAUUUACUAUGGUAAUGUUCGCCACCCAAUUACAAGCCAUAUGCUCUGAUGAAACGGUAUGUUUAUCAUUAUAUUCUCACCUUUGAUCAAACAUUAUUAUAUGUACCAUGUAGUUAACCAUUGAUUUUAUAGUAACUUUAUUUUAUCACCAGAUCAGUAAUUACUUUUUUUUCCUAAUAAAUCUAUUUAUUAUAUUUUGAUUAAGGGAAAUAAUGAUGGUGUAUAUUUUAGUCAAUUUCAACUUUAAAACCAAAUAAACUAUAGGAAUUGUAUGAAAAGAAAUUUUAAUUUUAAAAAAGGAUUAUGAUUUUUUAGGUCUAUGGAAUGUGUUGGAAAUAGGAAUUAAAUUAUUUUAUUGGAAAUUAUAAAAACAAUUUGUUUGUAUUUUCCUAAAAUUGUCAAGUAUAUAUUUCCCAUUAUUUAAUGGUAAAAAGAACUGAAAUUAAAAUAAAAUUUUAUUCUAGUAAAGAAUCUAAAAAAUCAUAUAUUCAUAAGUUUUUUAAAAUUUAAAUACGUCAAAUCUAAUUUCUACAAUUUUUUCAGCUAUGGUAAUUUGAUCUAAAAUAUUAUAUUUGUCUUUUAAAAUGGCCAAUCUUUUAAAUUGGUAUUGAGCAGUAGAUCAGUUAAAACUUGGUUAAAAUGAGCCACCAUGCUCUUAUAAAUAUACGAUACAAACUUAAUAAAUACAACUUUAAAUUUAAUAAAUAAAUUUGAAUGAACAUAAAAUAUUAAAGUGCUUAUAAUAUUUAUUUCUCUCUAAAAUAUUAGUCGAUUAAAUAUGUAAAUAAAAUCAGAUAAAUUAAUAUUGAAUUGAAAUUUCAGGGGAUUGAACAACUGAAAAAAGAAGAAGCUCGAUGGAUGAAAAAAUCGAAAUGGAAAAGCUUACAAGCUGUCUUUGGCAGAGUUUCAAUAACUUGGUUGUCACCCUUCUCACAACCAGCACCCAAGAUCAAAGUAGAUAAUUAUCUACAGGUCUAGUGAUAUGAAAAGUAUUAAUCAUUAUUUUUAUAUGAAUCUCUUGUACCUAAUUAUAAAUAAUAUUAAUAAUUCUGAAACAAGCAAUUUUUUUUCAAAAUGUGAGUUAUAUUAACAAAACCCCUAAAAUUUGUGAUUUUUCAAAAUUAAUUUAUUUUUUAAAAUAUUUUUAUAGUGUUUUAUAUCUGAUAAAAAAUUAGAUUUUAAAAUUUUGUUUAUCUCGACUUAAUAUUUUACAUGAGACAAAUAUCAAUAUUUUACUUACUUUUAAAGUUAUUGUUGACUAUUAAUGCGAGAAUUAUUGCUCAUAGACAUUAUUAAAGAUAACAUAAAUAAUGAGAGUGUUUGGUGAGACAAAAAAAUAGAACAAAAUGAGUGUAGCAGAUAUGAGAAUGCUUAGCCCACAUGAGAAGAUUAACUAGAUAAGAUAGCAUAAGGAUGAAUACAAAGAGGUAAAUUUUGUUCUAAUAAUUUUCACUUUUAUAACCAACUGCUAUUUGUUAAAAUUGAAUAACUAAUUCAAGGUAAAUUCCAGGAAUUGAAGAAAUUAACUGGUUCCUUUAAAUCCGUCCUUUUCAAUCAUUAGUCAACUGUAACUCAAAGAGAAAUAUAAAAAUUUGCUUAAUAUAUUAUUAUGUUAAGCUGAGAGAAAUAAAAUUUAGUUUUUAAAACUUUUUUACUAUAACUCAAAAAGUGCAAUCAGCUAUUUUUUAAAAUACUAUCAAAUUCAGUAUUAAAAAACACAUAUUUAAAAAAAAAAAACACUUGGGCCUUAAACUAGAUGUAAGUUUGAUUAUUGUACUUUUAAUUAAGUUUGUAUUGUAAAGCAAUAUGAGUUUCAAUAAUUUAUAACUAAUGGACUGUAUCAUAAUAUUUAAGAUAACAAUUUUCUCAUAAGGAUUGGAUCUGAUUAUUAAUAGAUAACUAUUUUUUUAAAGUAUUAGACUUUUAAUUUGCUAUUUUAUAAUAAUGUUAAAUUAUCACUGUAAGAUAUAAUUUAUUAUUGGUUAAUUUGUUACUAUAUACAACUUAUAUAUUUUUAGUUAUUUUUAUUGCUACUUUCUUACUUUAAAUUAUGUUUUCUUAUAUAUAGAUAUAAUUUAUUAAUAUUAAUGAACAAUAUAAUAGGUUCAAAAAUCAUUUGUCAAAAUUAAAACGUCUUUUCCCGUCAAAUCUGUAUCCAUAAGCCGGUGAGUUUUUAGCAUCUACAAGAGCUGGGUUUCUGUACUUGUAAAAUGAUCCAUGACCAUGGGGCGAUCGAGAAGCUCCAUUGCUCACUCCAUAUGCUUCUCUCGGAUAGAAAGCUUCAAAUUUUGCCCCUUGCACGUAUACUAUACACCAUAGAAUUAAACAUAAUGCUAUCUGAAACUAAAGAAAAUAUAAAAAUUAUACAAAUUGUUUAUUUUGAGAGAAAUAAGUUGUACUAUUUUUACCUUCAUGUUUAUUUUUGUAUUAUACAAAUUAUUGGUUUGUAUUAUCUUAUUUUGAUUUGAUUCUUAGAAAACUAUAAGUAAAUCAGUUCACAUAUACUAUAAUCACAAUAACAUACUGUAAUAACAUAAUAUUUGAUUAUCAACUUUCUCUUGACCAUGAACAGUGUGAGAGUGGGAGGGUCUCCAAAUGGCAAAUACUCCAAUAAAAACUAUUCAAUUUAUUUCAUAGUGUAUGUAUAUUCUAUGGUUUAUUUAAAUAUUUUAUCAUGUAAAAUGGAAGGAUAAAGUAUAUAGUGACAAAGAGUAUAAUAAAAAUAAUCAUUUAUUAUGCAUGUAUAAGGUAUAAUAUAUUAAAUGAUCGAAUAACAAUAAAUAGAUUUCUCAAACAAAAAUCUAUUUCAAGAUAACCAAUAAUUUUGUGUGUUAUCAUAAACAUAUUAGUAUUAUCUCAAAUUGAUUGCAAACUUGUGGUCAAAUCUGUUAAAAUUAAAUAUACAAUCAUUAAUCAAUGAUUUUUUUUUUAAUUGUUUCACACAAUAAAUAAAACAUCUCAUUGACUUACUUUCAAUAAUAUUUUUUACUGCUGUCACUGUUGGAGAUCCAGCAUGUUUUUGAACAAAAUUAACACCUUCAUCACAACAUCGUCCUAAUGAAGGAUCUAAUGGAACUGACCCAAGGAAUGGAACAUUCAUUUCAUGUGCCAUUUUGGCAGCGCCUCCAGUAUUUUUUGGAAAUAUUUCAUUUGUUACUUUACAUUUAGGACACACAAAACCAGCCAUAUUUUCUACCACACCCAGUACAGGUAAUCCAACUUUUCUGGCGAAAUCUAAUUCUUUACGGACAUCUAACAGUGACACCUCUUGGGGAGUCGUUACAAUAACUGCUGAGAAAUUAUGGGUAGACUUCAGGAAUUGUACCAACGACAGAUGUUCGUCUGAAGUUCCCGGUGGUGUGUCGACAAUCAGAUAGUCUAAUGUAUUGCCCCAAUCGACUUCAGUCAAAAAUUGUUUUAUCAUUGCUAGAAUUAAAAAUGAUAUAUAAUACAUUUUAGUCAUAAUAUUUUCUGACAAAAUUAAAAACAAUACCAUUUUUCUUGGGGCCUCUCCAAAUCACUGCAUCAUCUUUAUUUUCUAACAAAAAUCCAACUGACAUGAUUGACAGAUUUUCUUCGAUAAACUAAGAUAAUAAAUAGAAAAAAAAUGAGUUUAUUUAAUUUACAUUUUAUUUGUAUAAUGAUAUAUUUAAUGUAUG